UACGCCAAGCGGUCACUGGCGAUCAGUCCUUUCCAGUCCCUCUUGUCACUUGUUGUUCACCCUCCACUUGCCGCCGUGCGCCACGAUCUGGCACGCGCAUCGGUGCGCCUGCCAUCCGCCGUGGUGAUCCAUAAUUGCCCGCCUGCCUGAUCCUCUCCACGAGCUAGCGAGCCAGCCGGACAACAAUAGAUGGCCGGCGGUGGCUACGAUGCGGCGGCGGCGGCGGCGGCCGCGAAGAAGGACGUGGAGGCGGAGGCCGUGAUCGUGGGCGGCGGCAUCGCGGGGCUUGCCACGGCGCUGGCGCUCCGUCGGGCGGGCGUGGCGCGCGGCCCCGGCGGCGUGCUGGUGCUGGAGCGCCACGCGGGGCUGCGCGCCACGGGCGCCGCGCUCACCAUCUUCCCCAACGGCUGGUUCGCGCUCCGCGCGCUCGGCGUCGCGCACAAGCUCACCUCCCGCUACGACGCCUACGAAACGUCCGAGGUGACCAACCUUGAGAGCGGAGCCACGCAGGUGUUCCGCUUUGCCGGGACCAAGAACAAGGGUGAGGAAGUCAGAGUGAGGGCGGUGGGCAGGAAGGCGCUGCUGGAGGCGCUCGCGGAGGAGCUGCCGCCGGGCACCGUCCGCUUCUCGUCCAAGCUCGUCUCCAUCGGCACCGAACGCGCAGCCGGCGACUCGUCGGAGACCGCCGUCCUGCGGUUGGACGACGGCACGGUGAUCCGAGCCAAGGUUCUGAUCGGGUGCGACGGCGUGCACUCGGUGGUGGCGCGGUGGCUGGGCCUCCCGGAGCCGGCGAGCUCGGGCCGGUCCUGCGUCCGUGGGCUCUCCAUCUUCCCCGACGGCCACAGCAUCAAGCGGGAGCUCCGGCAGUUCCUCUCGCAGGGCCUCAGGGCGGGCAUGGUGCCCAUCAGCGACACCGACGUCUACUGGUUCCUCGUCAACGACACCGUCCCCGCAGAGAAAGAAGCCACCGGGGACCCGGCGAAGACCCUGCGCGAGGUCACCGAGAACCUGGCCGGCCACAUGCCCGCGGAGUACCUGGACGUGGUGCGCCGCUCCGACCACGGCAACCUCUCGUGGGCGCCGCUCCUGUACCGGAACCCGGCGUCCCUCCUCACCUGCGCGGCGGCGCGCGGGGCCGUGACGGUGGCCGGCGACGCGUUCCACCCGAUGACGCCCGACAUGGCGCAGGGCGGGUGCUCCGCGCUGGAGGACGCGGUCGUGCUCGCCCGCGAGCUGGCGCGCGCGGGCACGCCGGCCGAGGGCGUGGCGGCGUACGCGGCGCAGCGGCGGUGGCGAGCCGCCUGGCUCGUCGCCGGGGCCUUCCUGUCGGGGUGGGUCCAGCAGGGCGGGACCAACGUCCGCGGUGUGCGCGGGUGGCUGGUGAAGAUGUUCCGGGACUGGGUGUUCUACCCGUUCGUGUUCCCCAGGCUCGCCGACGCUAUGUGGUUCGACUGCGGCGACCUAGCACCAUGCACGGACGGCAAGAGCCACACCGAGUGAAGUGAGGACCGUGGCUGCUGCAUCGCCUUCGCCUGCAAGGGUAAUGUGAACUGCAAGAUUUUAUUACAAUAAUAAUGUUUCAGGUUGGAAUGUGAUAUCAUCCAUCAGGGCUUCUUUGGUAAUCUCCUCCACAAGGGGAUUAGGAGAGUUUAUUGCAGGAGACCUUUGGUUAAUCUCUUCCACAAUGGAGUAGAAGAGUUUGCAGGCGAUUGAGGGGGAUUUUGACUUGUUGCAACCAAGCUUUCUGUUGGAGGUUCCUUGUUCAAUUUGCCUGUGAGAUAAGCGCGCAAAGACAUGCUCCUCCUCUUGUGCAAGGUUUCCAAUGCAACUACCAAAGUUCCACAACGUAAAAUAAAAGAAAAAUGUUGUGUUUAGCUCCA